UGUUCACACACAUCUCUCUCUCUCUCUCUCUGCGUGUGUCUGUGUCCGUUUUGUGUCUGUGUCUGUCUGUGUCUAUGUGUGUCGCGAGAAAGAGAGAGAGGAAUGGGUUGAAGCUGAAACCCACUCACUGUGUCUGUGAGGAAAGGAAAGGAAAGCAGACGAAUAAUGGAAUCGAAGAAUUUCUUCAAAUGGUUCUUCAGCCCCAACUCCGCCUCCUCAGCUGCUCCCUCUGAGGGCUCCUCCUCCUCCUCCCCCACCCCCGCCGCCGCCGCCGCAGCCGCAAUGCCCUCUCCUGACGGCAAAUCAAACCCCGCCCCUCCCGAUUCCGAUAAUGCACCGCCGGAUCCCCACCCACAGGCGGGGGACCAGCUCUCCGCCAAGGUCCAGGAGCUCGAUUUGAAGGAGCCGGAACCGGAACCGGCCGGUCAGGAGCCCCAAGGAGGUGUCCCCGCCUCCCGGGAAAGGUACGAAGGGAGAGCAGAGGAGGUGAAGCAUGAUCGCGAUGAGCACACCGAGGAGGAGAAGAGGAAUGAGGAUGGUAACGAGAGCGACAAAGAUGGCGAUGACCAGAAGGAGGAGGAGGAGGAGGAGGAGGAACGAGGGUUCGGGAGGAAGAACAAGUUCCCGGUGAGGCCUGACGCUGAGGACUGUGCCUUCUACAUGAAGACGGGGACUUGCAAGUUUGGAUCUAACUGCAAGUUCAAUCAUCCCAUUCGAAGGAAACCCCAGGUAGUGGCAAAGGAGAGGGUAAAGGAUAGAGAAGAAUCUAAAGACAAAACAGGACAGGUGGAGUGCAAGUAUUAUUUGACACCGGGGGGUUGCAAGUAUGGAAAAGCUUGCAGAUUCAGCCACAGCAAAGCAAAUCCUGUGGCACCAGCUCCAGCUGUUGAGCUUAACUUUCUUGGACUGCCAAUCCGCCCGGGAGAAAAAGAGUGCCCUUUUUACAUGCGUACUGGAACCUGCAAAUUUGCUGCUAACUGCAAGUUUAAUCAUCCUGAUCCUACAUCAGGAGGUGACCCUCCUAUGGAAUUUAGCAACGGUGGAUCUACUCCACUGCAAAAUGCAUCACAGUUCCCUGUUUGGUCUCCUUCAGGGACAUUAAAUAAUGAGUGCACUCCAUAUGUGCCAAUGAUGUAUUCUCCUACCCAAGUGGUUUCAUCUCCAAAUGCAGAAUGGAAUUUUCAGUUUCCUCUAAAUCCACAGGGACAAAGUAUGCAUCCAGCUCCAGCAUAUAUCAUGAACAGCCCCACAACAACUGAAAGCCACAUAUAUACAAAUCAUCAGCAACAGAUGGCCGUUGAGGAAUUUCCAGAGCGGCCAGGCCAACCAGAAUGCAGUUAUUUCUUAAAAACUGGGGAUUGCAAGUUCAAGUCUAACUGCAAAUAUCACCACCCGAAGGAUCGGGUCCAGAAAUCACCUCAGGUAGCACUCAGUGACAAGGGCCUACCUCUGAGACCGGACCAGAAUAUAUGCUCAUACUACAGCCGCUAUGGCAUUUGUAAGUUCGGCCCUGCCUGCAAGUUUGACCACUCGAUGCAGUUGGCUCCAUCUGGGCUUGAGAAGCAGCCCUCAAUGAAGAACUGCCCUGGAGAAGAUGAUCCCAGGAUGGGAAGGCCAAGGACUGCAGGUGAGCCCACAGCAAUUUAACUGCAGCCUGUAUAGGAAGUUCGGAUAAGUGCUUUCUGGCUUUUUAGAUUGCAGACUGCCCCGAUCACCUUCUCUUUUCCUACUCUUUUUGGGGAUACAAAAAACCUAACUUAUUUAAGCAACCCGAGAAUUUUCAUCUGUGGUGUUUUAUGUUGUUUGUACAUUUCGCAAAUGCUGUUUCAAAUGGAUCUAGAUUAAGGACUUUGUACUGUACAUUAUUAUCUUAAAGUUUUGAACAACUAGUCUCCGUCAGUACAUUACCGAGAAGUCAGUAAUGCUGAUGUCUAGUUGUAGAAUUCCUUUCUUCCCCCGGAUGAGGGGUUUCUGCUGUA